UGCAGAUAGAGCCAUAAGAAAUGAAUGCAACUGAUUAUUUCAUGUUUAAUGUUGUUUUUAUAGGCAAUCAUUGAAGCUUUGUUGGUUCCAGGUAUAAUAUGUGUAAUACGUUCAUUUCAAUAAGUUCUGCAAUAAACAUUGAACCAAUCCGGCCCUCCACUAGUACCCAUUUUUUUAUUUUGGCCCACUGUAUUUGAGUUUGACACCCCUGAUAUAGAACAUGUUAGCAAGUCUCGCCUAAUUCAUUUUCUUUGAAAACAGGAAAAUACCUCAAGCCACAGAUCUUCACUCUUCACCUCCCUCGGCCCGGACCAUCUCGUCGUCGUCGUCCUCGUCGUCGUCCUCCUCGUCGUCCUCCUCGUCGUCCUCUUCUUCCUCCUCUUCCUCUUCCUCCUCUUCCUCUUCGUUACAUUCUAAGGUCCGCACAGGAAGUCAUAUCAACUCCUCAAUCAAAACGGCCUCCUCUACCUCCUCCUCCAGUCGAGGUCCAGGAAGACCCCCGACAGCCAUACAGACGGAGAACUCGGGGGUCAGCGGGGGCAGCCUCGCUGGGGGUCACCUGCUCUCUCCAGCUAAGCCUGUGACGGUGCGUUCGGGGGGCUCUGGGCAUCUUAAGAACCCUGUUGGACGCCCCAGCAAGCAGACGAUGAAGCUGCGGGAGGAGGCUGCCACCGCUGCUGCCCAGCGCAAACGCAAAGCCCCCUCCCAGGAGGGUGAGCACUCAGGUCCCGACAGGAACUGUAUACUGCUCCAGGACCGGGGCCGCCCACCUUCUGCGGCCUCCUCCUCUUCAUCCUCUUCUUCUAAAACCCCGAUUUCCUCACCGCUCACACAUGGACAGACCAAUGGCACACUUUCCCCCAGCAGCAAGCCCCGCCCCCAGCCCUCCCCCUCAGAACCCCAUUCACCAGCCGCCAAGGCGGUCUGGACCUACAGACGGACACACACUCCUCUGGGCCAUUCCUCCCCCCCAGACCCGUCGUCCACCAACCACAACUCUCACAGCCGGGCCGGCGGGGGGGACUCAGGACUUCACUUGCAGGGCGGCGGAAGGGGCUGUGAGCACCAGGGGCUUGUGAAGAAACGAAAGGGGGGCGGAAUGGAGGAGCAUUCGCCCUCCAAACCCUCAGUGCACCGCCCCCCCUCCUCCAGCUCCGCCCCUUCCUCCUCCUCUCCGCGCUCCAACUUUUAUCCCUGGAAGGAAAGCAAAGGGGGGGGGCUGGCUGGGGGUGUGGAGAAGAAACUGGGCACACAGAAGCCAAAACUGCACCAUUAAGUGUGCCUGCCUUACAAGAGGGAGCCAGCUCUGCUCAGUCCAAGGUGUGUGUGUGUGUGUGUGUGUGUGUGUGUGUGUGUGUGUGUGUGUGUGUGUGUGUGUGUG